AUGGCAGGCACAGCAAACAAGGAGAUUUCUCCUGAGUAUACUAUUAACACUGUCGAACCUCCUAGCAAGAAGAUACCCAGUGAUGAUGAGGACAUUGCGGAAAAGGGUGUUACUGAACACAUCAACCUGAACAAGAACACUUCAGCCAAAAUCAAGAACCCUCUGGCAGAUCUCACUGAAACACAGGUCCUUCGCGAUGUCGAGGAAUUCGCCCACGAGCACAAGUUGACCGAUAUCCUUCCCAACAUUAGAAAGGGUGCUUUGAUCGCUCGUGACCCUGAGCAGUUUCGAAAUGUCCCCGACAUGACCCCUGAGGACCUUCAGGUCAUUCAAGAUGAGACUGAUCAUAAGUGGCGCCAGCCGCGUUCUCUCUACUUCACCAUCAUCCUGUGCUCCGUUGGUGCUGCUGUGCAGGGGUGGGAUCAGACGGGAAGCAACGGUGCCAAUCUGCGAAUGCCUGAAGCCCUCGGAAUUCCCGAGACCGGCCCCAAUGCCGAGAGAAAUCAGUGGCUGGUCGGUGUCGUCAACGCGGCCCCCUACAUUGCUAGUGCUGUUCUUGGUUGCUGGAUAUCCGAUCCUGCGAAUCACUACCUGGGCCGUCGUGGUGCCAUCUUCAUUUCUGCGAUUUUCUGUCUUCUUUCGCCCUUCGGCCAAGCCGUCAGUCAGACCUGGCCUCAGCUCUUCGUCACUCGUCUCCUCCUUGGGAUUGGCAUGGGAUUGAAGGCAUCGACUAUCCCUGUGUUCUGUGCUGAAAACACCCCGGCGGUGAUCCGUGGUGGCCUGGUGAUGUGCUGGCAAUUGUGGACUGCGUUUGGUAUUUUCCUCGGAACUUCGGCGAAUCUGGCAGUCAAGGGUACUGGUGACCUGGCCUGGCGCCUGCAAAUGGGCUCUGCCUUUAUUCCCGCCGUCCCCCUGCUUCUGGGUGUCUACAUGUGUCCUGAGUCUCCUCGUUGGUUCAUCAAGAAAGGGAAACUCCGUAAUGCCUACGAGUCCCUCUGCCGCCUUCGUAACAGCGAGUUGCAGGCCGCUCGCGACCUCUACUACAUCUAUGCCCAGAUCAAGAUCGAGCAGGAAAUUGUAGGGAAUAGCAACUACGUUACACGUUUUGUAGAGCUGUUUACGAUUCCUCGCGUCCGUCGGGCAACCCUCGCCUCCUUUACUGUCAUGAUUGCCCAGCAGAUGUGUGGAAUCAACAUCGUUGCCUUCUAUUCCUCCACCAUCUUCAGCAAUGCUGGUGCAAGCUAUACCGAGUCCCUCUGGGCUUCUUGGGGCUUCGGUCUAGUGAACUUCUUGUUUGCUUUCCCCGCAGUCUUCACCAUUGAUACUUACGGUCGUCGAACUCUACUUCUAUUCACAUUCCCGCAGAUGGCCUGGACCCUUCUCACGGCCGGUUUCUGUUUCUACAUCCCGGAAAGCUCCAAGGCCCAUCUGGGACUCAUCGCGCUGUUCAUUUUCUUAUUCGCAGCCUUCUACUCUCCGGGCGAAGGGCCUGUUCCGUUCACCUACUCCGCUGAAGUCUUCCCUCUGUCCCACCGUGAGGUCGGAAUGUCCUGGGCCGUAGCCACCUGUCUCGGCUGGGCCGCCGUUCUCUCUAUCACAUUCCCGCGGAUGCUUGACGCCAUGACUGCCACUGGCGCAUUCGGCUUCUACGCUGGAUUAAACGUAACCGCCUUGGUAAUGAUCUUCUUCUGGGUCCCCGAAACCAAGCAACGCACCCUCGAAGAGCUCGACUACAUCUUCGCCGUGCCAACCCGCACCCACAUGCACUACCAGCUCUUCAAGGUGCUUCCCUGGUGGACUAAGCGCUACAUCUUCCGCCAGAAGAACGCCUACCUGGAGCCUCUGUACAAGUUUGAUCACGUCACCAGCUCUUGAACGGUUAGGACAAUCAAGUGCGCGAGCAAUUCCUUUCCCUUUUUCUAGGGUCUGGUUAUUAGUUCGUUGCAGCUCCUAGGAUACCCAGUGAUGCAACUCCAAAAAAAAAAAGAGUCAACUUGAAAAUCAAAAUAUAGUGAUUUUCAAUGCCAACACCGGAACCAAGAGCAGAAACGCGAUUACGAGUUUUCAGUCUCUGCACACGAAUUUUUGAAUUUCUCCGCUAUGAUUGAGAGCUUCGUUAUGUAACGGGUUAACCUUACACUCAAUGACGGUUUCUUUUCAUACAUGUAUCUAUCUAUGCAUUGUAUUUGAUACCAGAUUCGGCUGUCUUUUUAUGGUAGUAGAAUCGUCGUUUCUAAAUAAUAAUGAAACGGCAUGUGGGAUAACCCCAGUGUCAAAGUACUACAGUCAAUCAAUACUACGCAUGUAGUUGUAUUAGCAUCAAUAAGUAUCACUAUCUGCCAUAUCUGGUGGUGCACCG